AUGGUGAAGAGUGUGCGGGCGACCAAGCAUGUGUGUGUGCGAGAGAGAUAAUGCCUUCUGAAUGCAGGAUGAAUUCAGUCAUCGGGCUCCGGCUGACUGGGGGUCGAUCGGAGCGGCGCACGGAGCGGACGAACGAGCGUGCGUGAGAGUACGUAGAAGACCUCAUCCUCCACUUUAUACCUUGCAGCCUCUCUUGCUUUCCUUACCCCCCCCCAUUGAAUAGAGAGAGGGAGAGAGAGAAGUGAGGGAAAGAAGAUAGACUGUUUCCUUCCUGCACUGCUUUUUGGCUGACCACAAGAGGAUCAGGAAGGAGGAGUGAGGUAGCGAGUGGCAGAAAUAAAACGGUCCUGCGUGUCGCCCGCGCCGCUUUUUGCCCCCCCCCCCCUCCCCGCCGUGGCUACAGCCCACAGAGAGCUGGUUGUCAGCCAGAGACGAGCGGAGCACCGCAACAGUAGCAGUUCUCCCCGUGGAAAGAGGCGCCGAGGAGGAUGCUGAACAACAUGACGGACACCGAGGAGGGAGAGGGGGGACCCAACAGCCAGGGUGAUGGGAACCCCAAGGAGAGCAGCCCCUUCAUUAACAGCAGCAGUGCCAGCGACGUAGAGAAGAGCCAGCAGUAUGAUGGCAAAAACAUGGCCCUGUUUGAGGAGGAGAUGGACAACAGCCCCAUGGUGUCCUCCAUACUAAGCAGUCUGGCCAACUACUCCAACCUGCCGCAGGGCAGCAAAGAGCAUGAGGAAGCAGAGAACGAGGAGGGGGCGGCACCAUCCAAAAAGAAACCUGCCGUCAAGGCCCCAUCACUGGGCACACUGAUGGGGGUGUACCUGCCCUGCAUCCAGAAUAUCUUUGGUGUGAUCCUGUUUCUACGGAUGACCUGGAUGGUGGGCAUCGGAGGGGUCUUUGGCUCCUUCUUCAUCGUCUUCAUGUGCUGCUCCACGACAAUGCUGACAGCUAUCUCUAUGAGUGCCAUCGCAACAAAUGGUGUGGUGCCAGCCGGGGGUUCAUACUACAUGAUCUCCCGUUCCCUUGGGCCCGAGUUCGGUGGAGCGGUCGGAAUCUGCUUCUAUCUGGGGACUACCUUUGCGGGUGCCAUGUACAUCUUGGGUGCCAUUGAAUUACUGCUGGUUUAUAUCCUGCCCCAGGCAGCCAUUUUCAAAAUGGAAGGUCUGGAAGGCGCUGAAAUGGAGGCAGCGAUGCUGAACAACAUGCGGGUUUAUGGCACCAUUGUGCUCAGUUUCAUGGCCACAGUGGUGUUUGUGGGGGUCAAGUACGUCAACAAGCUGGCUCUGGUCUUCCUGGCCUGCGUAAUCCUGUCCAUCUUGGCUGUCUAUGCUGGGGUUAUAAAGACAGCCAUUGAACCCCCUGUUUUCCCAGUGUGUAUCCUGGGGAACCGCACUCUGAUCUCCAAGGGAUUUGAUGUGUGUGCCAAGGUCAUUGAGCAGGACAACGGCACCAUCACCACCAAGCUGUGGAGGAUUUUCUGCGACUCAGAGUUCCUCAACGCCACCUGCGAUGAAUACUUUGCCAACAACAAUGUUUCAGAGAUCCAGGGUAUCCCGGGGGUAACCAGCGGCAUUCUGGCUGAGAACCUGUUUGGUUACUACCUGGAGAAGGGAGAUUUCUUGGAGAAGAGGGGGCUCUCUGCUGUUCAGGACCAGGAGGUUCCCAUCACCAACUCCAACCGAUAUGUCUUGGCUGACAUCACCAGCUUUUUUACCCUGCUAGUGGGGAUCUACUUCCCCUCUGUCACUGGCAUCAUGGCCGGCUCCAACCGCUCUGGGGACCUGCGCAAUGCCCAGAGGUCCAUUCCCAUAGGCACCAUAGCUGCCAUCACCACUACUUCCACCGUGUACAUGUCUGCUGUGGUCCUGUUUGGGGCCUGUAUCGAAGGGGUAGUGUUGAGAGACAAGUUCGGCGAAGGGGUGAACGGUAACCUAGUAAUUGGUACGUUGGCUUGGCCAUCCCCAUGGGUCAUCGUGAUUGGCUCCUUCUUCUCCACCUGUGGGGCAGGACUUCAGAGUUUGACUGGAGCACCGCGUCUGCUGCAGGCUAUUUCUCGUGACAGUGUCAUACCUUUCCUUAAAGUGUUCGGGCAAGGCAAGGCCAAUGGGGAGCCUACGUGGGCCCUGCUCCUCACAGCCAGCAUCUGCGAGAUCGGCAUCAUCAUUGCCUCUCUGGACGCUGUCGCCCCCAUCCUCUCUAUGUUCUUCCUGAUGUGCUACAUGUUCGUCAACCUGGCCUGUGCCCUGCAGACACUACUGAGAACGCCCAACUGGAGGCCUCGCUUCAAGUUCUACCACUGGGCUCUCUCCUUUCUGGGCAUGAGCUUGUGUCUUUCGCUCAUGUUCAUCUGUUCCUGGUACUAUGCCAUCGUUGCCAUGGUGAUCGCUACCUGCAUCUACAAAUACAUUGAGUUUGCUGGGGCUGAGAAGGAGUGGGGAGAUGGGAUACGUGGCAUCUCGCUCAGCGCAGCUCGUUACGCCCUCAUGAGGCUUGAGGAAGGACCACCUCACACCAAGAACUGGAGGCCUCAGAUCCUGGUCCUGUUGAGUAUGGAUGCAGAACAGAAUGUGGAGCAGCCCCGUCUGCUGUCCCUGACCAAUCAGCUGAAAGCAGGAAAAGGCCUAACCAUCGUUGGCACCUCAGUGGUGGGCACAUUCCUCAACAACCAUGCAGAGGCCCAGAAAGCAGAGCAGUCUCUCAGGAAGCUGAUGGAGACAGAAAAGGUCAAAGGUUUCUCUCAGGUGGUGAUCUCCUCCAACCUGAGGGACGGAACCUCCCACCUGAUCCAGGUCGGGGGCCUGGGUGGCUUGAAGCACAACACGGUGCUGGUCAGCUGGCCACGCACCUGGAAACAGCCCGAGGACAACCUACGCUUCCGGAACUUCAUCGAGGUGGUUAGGGAGACGACUGCCGCCAAUAUGGCCCUGCUAGUCCCUAAGAACAUUGCAGCUUACCCGUCCAACGGUGAACGCUUCACUGAAGGCCACAUUGACGUGUGGUGGAUUGUCCAUGACGGAGGCAUGCUGAUGCUGCUCCCCUUCCUUCUGCGCCAGCACAAGGUAUGGAGGAAGUGCAAGAUGCGCAUCUUCACUGUAGCCCAGAUGGACGACAACAGCAUCCAGAUGAAAAAAGACUUGAUCACCUUUCUGUAUCACCUGCGUAUCGAUGCCGAGGUUGAGGUGGUGGAAAUGCACGACAGUGACAUCUCAGCCUAUACCUAUGAGAAGACUCUGGUGAUGGAACAACGCUCACAGAUCCUGAAACAAAUGCACCUCACCAAAAACGAAAUGGAGAGAGAGAUCCAGAGCAUCACUGAUUCAUCCCGUGGGUCUAUCCGGCGCAAUAACCCAUCUAACCUGUGUUCUCAGAAGAGCACUGACGAGCCUGCUGGAGUCAGUGUGGAGGAGAAACCAGAGGAGGAGUCUGUGGCUGUCUCCCGCCCUAAACAGGUUCAGCUGAUCCAAAAUAAGAACGCCACCCCCACCAGCCCCACAUCCCCCACCACGCCUGCAGGGGGCGCUGCCACACCAGGACAGGAGAUGCAGAUGACCUGGACAGACAAGGCUGAGAACCAGGCGGCAGCAGCACACCCGGAGCAGGGCGGAGUCAAGGACAUCUUCAACAUGAAGCCAGAAUGGGAGAGCUUGAACCAGUCCAACGUGAGGCGCAUGCACACGGCGCUGCGGCUUAACGAGGUCAUAAUGAAGAAGUCCAAGGAAGCCAAGCUGGUUCUGCUGAACAUGCCCGGACCACCCAAGAACCGAAUGGGAGAGGACAACUAUAUGGAGUUCCUUGAGGUCCUCACAGAGGGUCUCAACCGGGUGCUCCUGGUGCGUGGGGGUGGACGUGAGGUCAUCACCAUCUACUCCUGAGAAACCAAGCUCCAAUCAGAUCCACACCGCCUGCUCAUCUUCACUCUUACUGGUCCCUGCUCCCACUAUACCCCAGAUACAUCUCUCACAUGCCCCUGACAACCCUCUAAAUGCACACACACUCCAACAACAUAUCAUCCCACUGUGCCCUGCGUUGUAUGUAACCCCAUGGCCCCAAAAGGCACCAACUAAAUUCACCCCAGUCUCGGUCACCAUUACCUACCAGCAUUAUGUCUGCUCCUCUCUUAAUCUAGCAAGCUGUGGCACCACCCUAUUUAGGUUCUUUAGUGGAUGUCAGAUCACUAGAUAUCAAAUGGCACACAAGUUGCUUCUUGAACCGAGGAGUGGACCUAUCCCAAAGACAAAUUAUUCACCCAACUAAAGUAAUUCUUGUUUGGUAGACCAGUCAUUUUUGUUUCGACUUGUUCCUGUGCUUUAUUUGACUAUUGCUUUUCUUCAUUUUAAAAGGAUCUGGGUUACUUGAGGGAGAGGGAUGUAAUAUAUUUUCAUUGCUGGUCUAUAUUAAUUUUGUUCUUUUAUUUAUUUAUUUAUUUGAAGAAUAUAGUAUCUUCUCUUUUUGUUAUGCAUGUUAUGUAAGAUGUGAUGCGAUGAAGGCAUUGGUGGAAAGGAAUGGGUUGAGAAUUCAUCAGUCGUCAUUAAAAUGUCUUCCAUGGAUUGUCAUCUUGGGGUCAAGGUCAAUUUAGGACUCCUGAGAAGGAAGGAAACAGCAGUGAUCCUGCACACAGAGAUACGUGUCUAGGAAAGAAUCUGUUAUGAGGAUGUUGUGAUCAGGAUUGUGGGUCAACUUCAUUACCACUCAGUUUAAAGGUGAGGUUGAAAUUCAAUUAACCACUUCUAUCUAAAUAGGAAUACCCAAGAGUAAUAUUUUUUUAUUAGAUGGCCAUGAACAAUAAAUAGUAAGGAUAGUUCUAUAUUGAUCUUGGACACACCUUUCUGUUAAAAAUAGAAAAUGGUUAGAAAUUGCAGGGGUGUACUCCUGUACAUGGUGCAAAUGUUAUGAAAGUUUAGAAAAAAUAAAAAAUGUAAUGUCAUAUAUAUAACAGAAGUGCAAAGUACAAAAAAGGCACAAUUUCAUAUGAACCAAGGGAGAUAAUUCCUCACCUUUCUGCUUAACUUCCUGUCAGCAACUCACCUUAUCUGGGUAUCAUAUUUUAAUUAAUUGAAUAAAAGUAAUUCUCAUUAAUCAAAGUAAUUAUAAUUGAGUUGGUGUUGACCUCAACCCUGAAUAUUAUGCUGGGAAACAGUGCAAUUAGAUUUAGAAGUUGCAGAGGGACACAUUAUGACUUCAACCUUUGACCUCCCCACAGCUAAUAACUGUAAAUAGUGUGCUUUGUCCAAUUAUUUAAUACAGUACAUAUUAUUACCAGCCGUACCUGAUUGUCCUAUUGAUAGGGACCUAGUGCUGACAAGACUUUUAGGUGAAAUAAACUAGUGUUAAUACAGUAAUAUAACUGUAAGGAGAAACCACGUAAAAUGCAUUGAUAUAAAGUAAACAUCAAUCACAAGACAUUAAAGUGUUAUAAACUAAAACAAAAUUAUUUGAUACUAUUGUACCAAAUGUCAACAAUUUCAAUAUAACCACAAGCCUACAUUAGAAUUGUCAAUUGUCAAUUGCUAAAUUAGAGACAGACAGAUAUAUAUAAUGUUUGUGAUACACUGAUAUAUUUUAGUAAAUACAUUUGUUUUUCUUAAUCACCAUUUGGUUUAUACUAAUUCCAGUCUAGGAAUGUUCAUUAUAUAAUUCUUGCCAAAUACAAAAAUACAAAUUGUGCCAUAUGACAAGAAAAAAAAGCUUUUUGAUACAACCCUCUUUUUAGUACAAAGGCAUUACUGUGCAGUAUAUUAAUUAUGUAUUAGGUGGAAAUAAGCUGUGAAAUUACAGUUGGUUUGAAUGAAUAGUUUUACAUCCAGCAUCACUGCAAAUCCUGAAUACCUUGUACUAGGAAAGAAGCAUAGUUUAUUUUCAACAUGGCACAGCUAAACAUAAUAUGACUGUCAGUCCCUAAGGGCAUGUCUAAAACAUUAACCCUGGACUAAUACAUAAUUCACAUUAUUUUUGUAAUACAAAUAUAAUAUAGAUACAUAUAUGUACAUACAGGUAGACCUCAUAUUUCAAAGUAUUCCACAUAUUAUUUUCCGUGCAAUGGAGGGCACUCUUAAACAUGUAGUAGAAACACGAAAAAAAGAUUAUAUCUAUAUAAAGAAGUAAAUUAUUUUUUGUAUUAUAUUGUUUUCAAAAGAAAAUUAUA